AUGCAUCACCACUUGUCGCUCCGGGCGCUCCUCGGCCUCUCGGCCUGGGCCGUCCCGAGCAUUGCCGCCAGCAUUGGCACGAAUGAUGUGAGCGUCACCACAUCGAGCUGCGACGACUUUUGGCUCGAGAAGAUCAAGCACCAGGGCGUGGCGCCGUUCGGGGGCGACGGGUACAAGGUGUUCCGCAAUGUCAAGGACUACGGGGCUAAGGGCGAUGGCGAGCACGACGACACCGAGGCGAUCAACCGGGCCAUCAGCGACGGCGAGCGCUGCGGGCCAGGCUGCACUGGCAGCACCAAGACACCGGCGUUGGUGUACUUUCCCUCGGGCACGUACAAGCUGUCGGCGCCGAUUAUUGACUUCUACUACACCCAGCUGAUCGGCAACCCGUCGUGUCUGCCGGUGCUCAAGGCCGCGUCCAGCUUCAAGGACCGCUUCCUGCUGGACACCAACCCAUACGGCGCCAAUGGCCUGGCGUGGGGCGCGACCAACGUAUUCUGGCGGCAGGUGGCCAACUUUGUUAUUGACAUCACUGGCGUGUCCCCCGAGACGCUCGUAUCGGGCAUCCACUGGCCGAGCUCGCAGGCGACGUCGCUGACCAACAUCGUGUUCAAGUCGUCGUCGGCCAAGGGCAGCCAGCACCAGGGUCUGUUUGUCGAGGAGGGCUCGGGCGGAUACAUGGGCGACCUGGUGUUUGAGGGCGGUGCCCAGGCGCUGUCGAUUGGUAACCAGCAGUUCACGAUGCGCAACAUCACCAUCCGGGGGGCCAAGACGGCCAUCCAGCAGCUGUGGUCGUGGGGGUGGACGUACACGGGCGUGAGCAUUCAGGACUGCGAGCUUGGCUUUGACUUUACUGCGGUCGACGACAAGGGCGCGCUGAACGUCGGGUCGAUUACGAUUACCGACAGCGAGAUCAUCAACACCCCCGUGGGCAUUUCCUACGGCAGCGCCAACUCGACGGGCCCCGAUGCGGGCAACAGCUUCGUGUUUGAGAACCUGCGCAUCAGCAACGUCGAGACGGCCAUCAAGGGGCCCAAGGGGGCUGUCGUUCCGGGCUCGUCGGGAGAGUCUGUGAUUGAGGCGUGGGGCCGCGGCCAUGCGUACACCGAAACCUCGACGGGCCCUAAGAAGUUCGAGGGCGAUAUCCAGGCCAACACCCGCCCGGCGUCUCUCGUCUCGAGCAGCGGCCACUACUACGCCCACUCGAAGCCCCAAUACGAGAACCUGCCAGCCUCGGACUUCGUCAGCGCCCGGGCUGCUGGCGCUAAGGGCGACGGCGAGACGGACGACACCGACGCCCUCAACAAACUGUUCGCCUCGGCCGCGGCCGCCAACAAGGUCGUCUUCCUCGACGCCGGCAUGUACGUCGUGACCAAGACCGUCUACAUCCCGGCCGGCUCGCGCAUCGUCGGCGAGGCCUUCCCCGUGAUUUUGUCGUCAGGCCCCUUCUUCGCCUCCGCCUCCAAGCCCAAGCCCGUCGUGCAAGUCGGCAAGUGCGGCGGCAGCACCGGCCGCAUCGAGUGGUCCAACACCAUCGUGUCCACCCGCGGCGCCCAGGCCGGCGCCAUCCUGAUCGAAUACAACCUCGCCUCGUCCCCCGAGAACCCCUCCGGCCUCUGGGACGUCCACGUCCGCAUCGGCGGCUUCGCCGGCUCCGACCUGCAACUGCCCCAAUGCGCCAAGACCCCCAACACCACCAUCACCGAAUCCAACCUCGCCACCGAGUGCGUCGCCGCCUUCCUCAGCGUGCACCUCACCCGCUACGCGGCCGCCCUCUACCUCGAAAACGUCUGGGUCUGGGUCGCCGACCACGACAUCGAAGUCGGCGCCAACAACGAGCAAAUCACCGUCUACGCCGGCCGCGGCCUCCUCGUCGAGAAUAGCCAAGGCCCCUUCUGGUUCGUCGGCACCAGCGUCGAGCACCACCAGCUGUACGAGUACCAAAUCGUCAACUCAGCCAAUCUCUACCUCGGCCAGAUCCAGACCGAGACCGCAUACUACCAACCCAACCCGGACGCCAGCCACCUGCCCUUCGCCCCGCGCUCCGGCGCGCCGUACUACGACCCCGUGUUUGUCAAGGGCGAGUCUGGAUGGGGCCUGCGCGUGGUGGAUAGCAAGGAUGUGCUAGUGUAUGGUGCGGGUCUAUACAGCUUCUUUGACAACUAUGAUGUGCAGUGCAGCCAGAUUGGUGAAGGCGCGAGGUGUCAGGAGAGGAUUUUUAGUGUGGAGGGCAAGAAGAGUGAGAGGGUAAGGGUGUAUGGGCUGAAUACCGUGGGUACUAACAAGAUGGCGACGGUGGAUGGGAAGGAUGUGAUUGUGUGGGAGGAUAAUGUUGAUGGGUUUGUGCACUCUGUUGCGGUGUUUGAAAAGGGGGUGUAA